AUGAACAUGGCAUUCUGGGUUGACUGGGCGCUGUGGGAAAAGUUGACCUUGGUUUUGGGAUUCUUGAUCGCGCUCGUGCUGAUUGCGGCGACUUGUGUCUUGAUGUUCCAGAGAUGGAGGACCCGCAGGUUUGCAGAACUCGAGGUUGGUCAGAAACUGGAGGAUGUUGAGCAGUAUCCCAUGCUGGUAAAGGACGACGUCCCCUUUGGUGCCAGAGCCCUCGAGAGAGGAGUCGAAGUCGAAGGAAUCUGGGUUUCCAACAACAAUACCCCAGCCCAAACACCUUGUCAACCCGGGACUCCCAACAGCAUUCGAAGCUGCUCGUCUUUCAGAAGUCUCUCCUCCAACCCAAACCUAAACCCACCUCUGAUCCAACCAGAAAUGCCAUUGGCACCACCAAACCUCGAGAAUAUUGCGGCGUCUCGCGCAUCUUUGCCACCAUUCGCCCCAACCCCACUUCUCUCCGAUGCAGACAUCUUCAAAGAAAUCCGCUACACCUACAAGCCACAACGACCCGAAGGAGUGUACCCCCCUUUGAUGACAUCCACAUUCCCCAGUUCACCAAGCACAUUCAACCGCCGCAGCAAUAUUGUGACCUCCACCGACAGACGAGCCAGCUUCCAUACCCGAGUCGUCCGUGCAAGCAAACUGGCUGACAUCAAAACUUGCACCAGCCUCAACGACCUUGACGAGUCGGAGUUGGAUUCAGCUGGCAAUGACACUAGUGCUUCCGCACCGGUCGAACAGCAGGCCUCACGGAUGACCAGUAGUAAUGUCCUCCCUGGCCAAAGUAGAAUGUAG